AUGGGAACAAGGAAGAGGAGGACAGAAAUCGAGAAACUCACAAAGCAAAGUGAUAGAUUGACGACAUUUUCAAAAAGAAAGAAAGGAAUUUUUAAAAAAGCUGAACUACUUGAAUCCUUGACAAGUUCUCGUGUUACCUCCGUUGUUUUUUCACCUUCUGGCAUUCCUUAUACUUACGGAAAUGUUAACUCUGUUAUCAAAAAGCAUUUUCCUAGCUGUAAUCGAUCAGAAAUAUCAACAACGGUAAUGAAUUCUCAUCAUGAUGUUUCUGGCGAAUCUUCGGGGUCAAAAUCAUUAUCGAUCCCAAAGGAGAAUGGUCUCCGUCGUUGGGUGGAGGAUAUAGAUGUGGAAGGGUGUCAAAAUUUAAAUCAACUGUUUAUGUUGAAGGAGCAAUUAGAAGGAACCAGAGAGAAAAUUAUUUCCAGUGAUCCUGAGUCAUUUGAAGCUUUGUUUAUGUAG